AUGAAGUCAACUACUGUCGCCUCUACGAUUCUAGGAUUUGCCUCCCAGGUACUCGGGCAUGGAUACAUGUCCAUCCCCGCCAGCCGAACUCGGCUUGGUGCAGAGGCAAAUCUAGACUCUUGCCCCGAGUGCACCAUCCUCGAGCCCGUGUCUGCCUGGCCGGAUCUCGACGUAGCACCGGUCGGUCGAAGUGGCCCAUGUGGCUUCAAUGCCCGCGUCAACAUCGACUACAACAAGCCGGGUGCCAACUGGGGCGAAGCACCGGUCACGACGUAUUCUCCUGGCCAAGUCGUCGAUGUGGAGUGGUGCGUGGACAACAAUGGUGACCAUGGUGGCAUGUUUAGCUGGCGCAUCUGCCAGGAUCAAGACCUUGUCGACAAGCUGCUGGACCCAGACUACACGCCGACGCAGGCCGAGAAGCAAGCCGCCGAGGACUGUUUCGAGGAGGGCCUCCUCAAGUGCACCGACGUUGAUGGCCAGAGCUGCGGAUACAACCCGGACUGCUCUCCCAACGAGCCGUGUUGGCGCAACGAUUGGUUCACCUGCAAUGCCUUCCAGGCCGACAACAGACGCGGAUGCCAGGGUGUGGAUGGUGCGCCCCUCAACUCUUGCUAUACUUCCAUCGCUGGUGGCUACACCGUCACAAAGCAGGUCAAGAUACCCGAGUACGUGUCCAACCACACUCUCCUCUCCCUGCGGUGGAACUCGUUCCAGACCGGCCAGAUCUACCUCACCUGCGCCGACAUUGCCAUCGUCGACGACGACGGCAGCACCCCGACCGACCCGACCGACCCUGCCGACCCUACCACACCACCUGAAUCAUGCCCCGAGGGAGGCGAGGUCAGUGUCGCCUUCAACCACGAGGUCCAGACCAUGUUUGGAGAGACGGUCAAGGUCGUGGGCUCGGACGCUGUCUUGGGCGGCUGGGACACGAGCCAGGCGCUCGCUCUGUCGGCCUCUCAGUACACAAACGCGAACCCACUAUGGACUCUCACGACCCAGUUCCCACCCGACACGCAGUUCGCGUACAAGUUCAUCAAGGUCUCCGCGUCAGGGGCGGUCACCUGGGAAAGUGACCCGAAUCGAUCGUACACCGUUCCUUCGGACUGCUCAAAGGUGUACGCGAUUGAGUCUUCGUGGAAGUAA